GGGGACUGGGAGAGAAUCAGGAAAAACAUGAACAGCAAUGGCCCUGGAGGAAGAGGAGAGAAAGAAGAGCAAUGGUCCACUAUAAAAGACUAGUCAAUGAGAGUCUUAUGUUCUUUUGGGUGGGAGAUAUUAGGGAAUCAGGAUUUUUUUUUUUGAUAAUUAGGGAAUCAGUUGGUCUGCAUGGUUGAAGGGCUUUUGUAGCUGGGGGUAUGUAGGAUUCGCUUCAGAAACAGAAUCGGCUACUAUGGAAACUUUACAAGUUUCAGGUGCUGAUAUGGGUCUGAAAGCUUUUCUGAAUUUCAGUUACAGAUUCAAGCAAGUUUCUCUCUGGAUUUCCAUGCAUGGUGUUAGUCCUCUUGGGGAGAAGAACGAUAGCUUUCUUCAAUGAUUUUUCUUGGAAUCCGAUGAUGUUUUUCUGGUAGGUUCAUAGGAAGUCUUUUAUUCUUUCAUUCUUUUGGGGUUUUACAGCCUUGUAUUCUUUCAGAAUUUUCUUAUUCAGAUUUCUUACGGUUCAAUUUCAAUCGGAUUCCUUUUUUUUUUUCUUCUGAUUUUUUUAUUUGAUUUGAACAGUUCAUAUAUACAUAUAGAUUUACAGACUCUGAAACUAUUCAUUUGAUUUUAAAGAAAUAAUAGAGAGGAAAAAAGAGAGAGAUUUACAGAGUCGGGGUGGUGUGGGGAACAGAAACAGGGGAGAGAUAAGAAGAACAAGAAAAAAAAAAGGCUAGUUGAAUUGAUUUUAAAAGAAGAAAAAAAUAGAGGGGGGAAAAAAGAAAGAAAGAAAAUUGGAAGAAUAUAGAGGAUGUUGGCUGGGAUUUCUACGCUGCUGUCGCCAAGGCAUAGAUUGAGGAGUGAAGCGACUGCGCAGUUUCAAGCUUGCCAUUUUCAGUAUCCUUCGAUGAGUACACAGAGAUUGGAUUUGCCAUGUAGUUUCCCCCGGAAGGAUGCCCAACGGUCCCAGCCCAUUCGACCCGUCGGCCUCUCGGUGGAGAAACCGAUUGAAGCUAAAGGGAGUUGUUCUCUUAAGCAGAAAAUCAGGCUCCCGCCAUCCAUUACCACCGCUCAGACAGCACUGUGGGAAGGAAGGAGAGAGAUUGAAGAAGGGUUUUGGAAGAAAGGGAGGAGCUUGAAGAGGUUUGCUGAGCAGACUUCAUUUGAUGAAUCGUGCACAAACAGGGCCAAGAGGAAGAGAAGUAGCGGUACAACAACGCCUGAUGCUUCUUCAGAAGGAGAGAGAAUGGCUCUAAGCCAAUUGGGUAGCGGCAAUCUUUGGUUUCAGCCGACUCUUGAGAUGCCACAGUCAGUGCUUGGAAUCACAGGCCUAGACCCUCCACCAGUUUCUUUUCCCGUGCAUACGCGCGAGGAAGAGAACAUCUGUUUUGUUCCAGGUGAUGUCAUCAGACCCAACAAUCCUUUGAUGGAGUCUGUAGUCACUGAGAUUGCAGACAAAGGUGAGAAAGACGUUGAUACCACCAGCCAUGAGCCUACUAGGGCAAGUUCAGGAUCCACCUCGUCUGAAGGCGAUAGUUUGACUCCAAGGCAAAAUGAAAAUUCCUCAGGGAAUGGAACGGGUAAUGGGUCUCAGCGCCCUCACCCAUCUGAAGGAACCAGAGUAGCGGCUGGCAGUGAGGAUGUCCAGACAGAGAAUCAAGAAUUUGAGCUUGUGACCUUACUGGUGGCCUGUGUGGAAUCGAUAAGCUCAAAGAACAUCCCAGCUAUCAACCAUUUUAUAGCUAAACUCGGAGAACUUGCUUCACCAGAAGGGACUGCCAUUAGCCGUGUCACUGCUUACUUUACAGAAGCUUUGGCAGUCAGAGUUGCAAGGCUCUGGCCUCACAUUUUUCAUAUUGCCACCCCUCGGGAGCUUGAUCGGAUUGAGGAUGACAUGGGUGCUGCACUUCGGCUUUUAAACCAUGUCAGCCCAAUUCCAAAGUUCCUUCAUUUCACAUCCAAUGAGAUUCUGUUGAGAGCAUUUGAAGGAAAAGAUAGAGUACAUAUCAUAGAUUUUGAUAUUAAACAGGGGCUUCAAUGGCCUGGUUUAUUUCAGAGUCUAGCCACUAGGCCCAAUCCCCCAAGCCAUGUAAGAAUCACAGGUAUAGGAGAGUCCAAACAAGAACUCCAAGAAACAGGCGAAAGAUUGGCGAGAUUUGCAGAAACCCUGAAUCUGCCGUUUGAGUUCCAUGCAGUUGUGGAUAGGUUGGAGGACGUGAGACUGUGGAUGCUUCAUGUGAAGGAAAAGGAAAGUGUGGCGGUGAAUUGUGUUCUUCAGCUACACAAGAUGCUUUAUGAUGAGACCGGUGGGGCGCUAAGGAAUAUGUUGGGUUUGAUGAGUAGUACUAACCCCAUAGUGGUACUCAUGGCAGAACAAGAAGCAAUGCACAACGAUUCCAGUUUGGAGACUAGGGUUUCUAAUUCACUCAAGUACUACUCUGCCAUAUUUGACUCCAUUGAUUCGACCCUGCCAUUAGAUAGCUUGGUUAGAAUCAAAAUAGAGGAGAUAUUUGCUAGGGAGAUCAGAAAUAUAAUUGCCUGUGAAGGAAGCGACAGGUUGGAAAGGCAUGAGAGUUUUGCAAAGUGGAGGAAGAUGAUGGAGCAUGGAGGAUUUAGAUGCAUUGAAAUCAGAGAUAGGGAGAUUCUUCAGAGCAGAAUGCUGUUGAAGAUGUACUCUUGUGAGAACUACAGUGUCAAGAAGCAAGGCGAAGAAGGAGCAGGGCUUACUCUAAGUUGGCUAGAGCAGCCUUUGUACACAGUUUCGGCGUGGGCACCUGUUGAUGUUGCUGGCAGUUCCUCCUCUUAAUCUCAGCCAAGUUGAUUGCGAUGGCUUUCUUCUUCCUGAUGUCUUACAACUUUCUUCAUUCCUAUCUUACAGAAAGGGUAACAAAAAUUCUUUGUAGGUAGAGAAUUCUUUCAUUCUUUGGUUGCAUGAAGCCUCAUUAUCUGAUAGAUAUUCCUUUGAGUUCUUCCAAGAUCAGAUUAUCUAGAGUUCCAUUUAGUAUGUGAAGUCUUUUUUUUUGUUAUUCUUUGAUUCUUUUUGUAUGUCUGAAUUCUUUCAAGCAGUGUCACAGUCAGGUAUUCUUUAUGUAUGUUUGUAUUCUUUCUUAGCAUGUUUGUAUUCUUUCUUAGCAUUGUGAAAGUCGGGUAUUCUUUGUGUAUGUUUGUAUUCUUUCUUAGCAAUGUAAAAGUCAGGGAUUCUUUAUAGGAAUUGUUUCUUAUCAGUAUCAUUUUCUCUUUAAACAGUGUAUGUAAUUGAAGUUGGAUCAUUAUAUGAUAAUGAAGUGGAUUUAUUAAAUAGUGUCA